UAUUUUCCGAAUCCCGUCACUCAUUUUUCUAAUGUUCCGAAUCCAGUCAGUCAUUUUUCCUGAACUUCCUUUCGCGUUCAGUCCGCGGCUUGACACAAGGCAUGUGUCGUCAGCGAGAGGUUUGUCAGCUUUCCCUUCUUCGCUUCUCCGUCUGUCUGGAGCUGAUUCUCCUCUGCACGCCGACCAGCUUUCCUUCUGUCUGCUCUCGGGCCUCCGACACGCUAAUUCUUUCGGAUUGGCCAUCUAUAUGAUGCUGGCCGUCAGCGCGGCUGCCGCCCUAUGAUUAUUGAGCUCGUCUACCUUUGGGCAGGUGGUGGUCAAAGAUGGGAGUCGCAACCGUGAAAAAUGAGCUGGCAAACUGAAGAAAUCGCAAGCAACACCCAGGUUGCGACACUCUGCCCUGCGCCUGUUGUUGCUGAAAAUUGAAAACAGCAGGCCGGGUGGACGGGAUCUUUCUAAGUGUGUUGUCCUCUGUGUCGGGUGCUGCUCGUUGCGCUUUUACCGCUGCUCUAUGGUGAGCAAUACCAUGUCAACCUGUUGUGGGCCGAGCAAAGCGUGUAUUCAGGGAGGGAAACGUAUUUUUUGCGAUGACAUCACGAAUAGAACAAGCGAAAAAAGUCGGGGUUUCUUUUCACCGUUCCGUGUUUUGACUCCGUGGAACUUGGGUUCUGAUAAGAACGGGCCUUUUUAUACUGCCGAAAAGGGUGGUUGUGAAUCAUCUCGUCGAGUGAGCAUGUCGUUCGUUUUGACAGGCUUCUUCACAAGCAGCAUCGCAUCAACAACAACGCAGAUCGCGCACAGCAGAGCAGUUUUGCGGGAUACUUAUUUGAACGGAUCUUCAAAGACUACACUGUAUAGUGUGCAUAUCCGCUCCCGGCGCAAGUUAUAUACAGGCCAGUACAUAUAAUUCCAUAUCGCGGCGGAGGAACUCAUCAUCAUCAUCAGACACUACAUGCUUGCCUUCUGCCACAUAGCAUCCAUACUCCAGUACCGCCACACACAACAAACGAUCGGCACACACUCACCACUUAGACAAUGGAUGGGAGUGCGCGCGCUUUCCCGAUACAUGUACACGCGCAGGCCGCACCACAACAUGCUUGACAUGCAGCUAGCUGUGCUUUGUAUACGCAGAGAGCAGCACACAGCAGGAGGUGCAGUAGUUCUCGCUUUCUGUCUCUCUCUCUGGUCUCGGUCUCUCUCUCUCCCUCUCUCGCCGGCUGUCUGCCUCUAUUUAUCUCUCUUCCGCGGGGGAUCUUUCGAUUCUUCUUUGUACACAGACAGCUAGCUUUCUGUGCUCUCUUCCUCGUGCCCCGCGCAACCACUCUGCGCACACACUCUACGCAAACGCUACGCCGCCGUAGCUUCUUCGCGUUCCGUUGGUGGGGUGUAUACACGGCGACACGGUGUUACAAACGGUUCUUUCCAAAAAGAGUAGAACUCAGCGAACACAGCGAGCUGCUUUCUCGAUACAUGUACACGCGCGCGCUGCACGACACAUACAUACAUACAUGCAUGCAUGCAUACAUACAUACAUGUCGCAAACUGCUGUGCGUUGUUUGCAAGCACAUCACACACCAAUUUUUUUUUGUCUUUCGGCUGUCUGUAUGCAUACUACUGUAGUUUGGACUCUUUCUAUGCAAGACACUCUGUACCGCAGCCGCCGUGAAGAAAACAAAAGGUGCACUUCUUGAACCGCUCUCUCUCUCAGCUGAAUAACACGCUGUGCUUUCCGACAGUCUGUCAGAGCAGUCCACAACAGUGCCUAUGUACAAGGUCAGGCGACUACGGCUCUCGCUUUCCUCUGUCUGUCUGUCUG